AUGACACCGAUGGUGGAAACCGGGGUGAGCCGUGUUUAGUUAGGGGAAUGGCACCCUUUGUAGGCGUGGGUAGCCAUUCCUGUUUGGGGCAGAAGCCCGACAGUUGAAGUUAACGGUUCUCAUCUUUACCUUGGGCAACAUUUCCCUUACUGGUCGUUUUAAUUUCCGAAGUCGGGGAAGGAAAGCCCCGGAAUCCAUCAGGUUGCUGAGGUUUAACCCCUUCGUCGCCGAAUUGGCUAAAGGACGUUUCAGUUUAUGACAUAAACUCAAAGUUGGGAAGGGAUAUUUUGCAGAAGAAGCUAUAUUUUAACAGCCAUCCUGUGUCUCAAAGUGGUGAGAAUAGGGGCUUGUGAAAGGAACGAAAGGGUAGCGUCUAUCAUCGGGAAGUUUCUUGUCUGGUAGAGGAGACAUUGUCCUUGCCCUUAGCGAACAGCAACCAGCGUCCCGUGUUCCGUGGCCCCAGAAAAGCCAGUGUGUAGGCCUCAGCCACCCCAGGUCCGGCGUACAUUCUCCCUGGACACCAUCCUCAGCUCCUACCUUCUGGGCCAGUGGCCACGAGAUGCUGAUGGGGCCUUCACCUGCUGUACCAAUGACAAGGCCACCCAGACCCCCCUGUCCUGGCAAGAGCUUGAAGGUGAGCGGGCCAGCUCGUGCACACACAAGCGCUCAGCGUCCUGGGGUAGCACAGACCACCGAAAAGAGAUUACCAAGUUGAAGCAACAGCUGCAGAGGACAAAGCUUAGCCGCAGUGGGAAAGAGAAGGAGCGGGGCUCCCCCCUCCAAGGGGACCAUGCUGUGCGGGGAGCACUGAGGGCAUCCCCUCCCAGCUUCCCCUCAGGGUCCCCUGUCCUGCGACUGAGCCCCUGCCUGCACCGGAGCCUGGAAGGGCUCAACCAAGAGCUGGAGGAGGUGUUUGUGAAAGAGCAGGGUGAGGAGGAGCUGCUGCGGAUCCUUGAAAUCCCUGACGGGCACCGUGCCCCAGCUCCCCCACAGAGCGGCAGCUGUGAUCAUCCCCUCCUCCUCCUGGAGCCUGGAAACCUUGCCAGCUCUCCCUCCAUGCCCCUGGCAUCCCCCCAGCCUUCUGGCCAGACUCUCCGUGAGGAACACCAGGGUGCAGCCGAGGAGCUGACGUCCAUCCCCAGUGACAAAGCUUCCCCUCCAGGCCACCCAGCCUCCCUUGAAGAGGGCAGCCCAUCUCCAGUCCUUGCCUUUGCCGCCUCCCCUCGGCCCAAUCACAGCUACGUCUUCAAACGGGAACCCCCGGAAGGCUGUGAGAGAGUGCGGGUGUUUGAAGAGGCCACGUCCCCAGGUCCUGACCUGGCCUUCCUGACUUCCUGUCCUGACAAGAACAAAGUCCAUUUCAACCCAACCGGCUCGGCCUUCUGCCCCGUCAGCUUGAUGAAGCCCCUCUUCCCCAGCAUGGGCUUCAUCUUCCGUAACUGCCCCUCAAGCCCGGGGUCCCCGCUUCCCCCAGCCAGCCCCAGGCCACCGCCUCGGAAGGAUCCAGAGGCCCCCAAGGCCUCCUCGCUGCCAUUCGAGCCUUGGCAGCGCCCCCCACCGUCAGAAGAGCCCGUGCUUUUCCAGAGCUCCCUGGUGGUCUGAGGGCCCCACCCCCACUUCACCAUGGAGACCAGUGCCUUGGUGGCAGGCCCCUCCCGAGCUCCCCUGAGACGGGGGAUGAAGGAGCCCUUCCCUCCUGGCCUUUGAGCACUUUCAUUUAUUGUGUCAAAGCCCUGGGUCCUCUUUCCGAUGGACCCCUGCCCCUUCGAAUGUGAGGGGACCUGCCUUCUCCACUAGCAGCUGGGCAGCUCACAAGUCACACCCGUGUUCUUGUCACCUCUCUCACUUGGUGGAAAACUCACCCAGAAGGUCUUGGCUCCCCCCACCCCUGGGUGUGAGUCCGAAGGACUAUGUACGGGGUCCUUGUCUUUAUCAUGGAGCAAGCUGGCCAUGAUUAAAGGAGAGGGGACACCACAGAUUUCCUUACCUCUCCUCCCCAGACACAGAUGAGGAGACCUGAAUAGAUUCCCCCAUCCUCUCAGUCCCAUCCCCAUACCUCCCUCUCAUUGGAGGAGCUGACCAAAGCAGCCCGAAAGGGCCAUAACACUUGACCAAUCCAGCUGCUGGCAGAGGGGGAACCAAGCGUUUUCCUAAGUGGCAUUUUCAUCUCGCUUUCACCCUAAGAUUGUCUUAAGCAGCAGCCCAGCCUGCCCAGCCCCAGGUGGGUAGUAGGGGAGAGGGAGAGCUGGCAUUCCUCUGGGUGGCAAGUGGUGACUCUCCACCCUCCACCUGCCCCAGGACUGGGUUGGAUUAGAAAAAUGCCUAUUUUUCUUGUAUCGAUGUAGAAACUCUAUUUUCUCCCAAAGACACUAUUUUUGCAGCUGUUUGAAGUUUGUAUAUUUUCCAUACUGCAGAGCUUACACAAAAUCGAAGAAGAAUGUUAAUGUUCAAGUUUUAUUAUCCUGUGUUUAGAAGUUGUGUUUUUUUGUUUGUUUUUUGUUUUUUUGCAGAUCUUGGUGUUGAUAGACCAAAUAAAUAAGUAUUCCCAGCA